CUGUCUCUGAGGCCAAGGUGAAACGGGAAGUCAUGUGCAGUAGGUACUGCAGGAAUGCUGGUCCCCAGGGCGACCCAGCUGCCUGGGGCCACAGAGAAAGGCCUGGGUUCGGGCAGCUUGUCCUGAUCACAAAGUGGGCAGUUUGUCCAGAGAUCUAUCUGUCCCUUGCCCGGAGAGAGUGGGACAGGAAGAAAUGUGCCCAUAUUCAUUCCUCCCAAGGGAACACGGGAGUCCCUUUCAUGUCCCCAUUUGUCUCAGAACAGUGCCGAUUUCUUACCACAUUGUUCUUUAUUAGCAGAGACUUCAUGGGUAACAGGUUGGUUCUUAGAGACUCAGCAGGAGAACGUUCUUCCGGGAGCCCUCAACCCAGUGUGUGACUUGUGCCCACCCUGCCCUCCCAGGCCUCUGAUGCCUGGCUCCAGGUGGUGGAUGAGCUGCUUGGCAUUGCAGCACCAGGGGAAACCGUCACCCCAGCCUGUUCUGAGCGUGAUGGUGAAGUCAGAGGGGUUAACACUCUGGCCCAAACCUGUGUUUAAGAUGGUGCAGGGCCACAGAGGUGUCCUGCGGGGUGCAGCAGGCCGUGUCAUUGAAAGCUCUGAAAGGUUUGCCAGCACUGGAGGGGUUAAGAGUAGCUGGAAGCCUCCUCCGUUGGAGCCCCAGCUCUGCCACUUGUUGGCUGAGUAAAGCUGAGUGGGUUAGUUCAGCCCCCUGCUGUCCCCUCCUUCUCUGUGACCCCAGGAGAAUAAUGUGCUGGCCCCAGGUGGAGUGUGGGGGCUAAAUGAGGGGAGAUGGGAAGAAGCCCUAGGAUGGGGCCUGUGUCUGGAGCGCACCAUGUAGGUGUUCAUCAUCACUGCAUCGCGUCCUUUGCCUCCCGUAUGGUCCCCACAAAGCCAGGACCUCGCUCAGUGUCCUCAGGCACAGGGCCUGAGUGUUGAAGCUGGACAGACCCAAGUUUGAUUGUCAGCCAUCUGCUAGCUUUGAGACCACAGUUUCGUUGUCCUUAUCUGUGAAGCGGGCUAAGUGACGUCUCCUGCCCACAUAGUUGUGGAAUGAAAGGAGGCUGCAUGUGGAAGUCCUUUAGCUUGGUUCCAGGGCCACGGUCUGGGCUCCAAAAUGAUCACUUAGCAUCUAGCCAAGAGCCCCACUGCAGAUGAAUCCGCCAAGAGCCCCACUGCAGAUGAAUCCCCCAAGGGCUGCGGUCUCUUCGGCGAUGGAGGCAAGCAGGCAGACCCGAGUGUCUCGGCCAUACAGGAUCAGCGAGUCGUCAAAGGUGUACCACUGGGCCGACCACCCCACCACGGUGCUGCAGCGGCUGAAUGAGCAGCGGCUCCGAGGCCUCUUCUGUGAUGUGGUGCUGGUGGCCGAGGAGCAGCGCGUGCCUGCUCACCGAAACCUGCUGGCUGUGUGCAGCGACUACUUCAACUCCAUGUUCACGCUGGGCAUGCGCGAGGCCUUUGAGAAGGAGGUGGUGCUGGUAGGUGCCUCACCCAUCGGGCUCAAGGCCGUGGUGGACUUCCUGUACGGCGGUGAGCUGGUGCUGGAUGGUGGCAACAUCGACCACGUGCUGGAAACGGCGCACCUGCUGCAGAUCUGGACGGCGGUGGACUUCUGCUGCGAGUACCUGGAGCAGGAGGUGAGCGAGGACAACUACCUGUACCUGCAGGAGCUGGCCUCCAUCUACAGCCUCAAGCGGCUGGACGCCUUCAUCGAUGGCUUUGUGCUGAGCCGCUUUGGCACCCUGUCCUUCACGCCCGACUUCCUGCAGAGCGUGUCCAUGCAGAAGCUGUGCCUGUACCUGAGCAGCAGCCAGGUGCAGCGCGAGUGUGAGCACGACCUGCUGCAGGCGGCCCUGCAGUGGCUGACACAGCAGCCAGAGCGCGAGGCGCACGCCCGCUGCGUGCUCGAGAACAUCCGCUUCCCGCUCAUCCCCAAGGGCGACCUGCUGCACCGCGUCAAGCCGGCUGUCUGCGCACUGCUGCCCCGCGAGGCCGGCUGCGAGGACUUUGUGGAGGAGGCCGUGCGCUACCACAGCAGCCUGGCGGCGCAGCCCAUCCUGCAGACGGCGCGAACCGCACUGCGCACGGACGGCGAGCGCCUGCUGUUUGUGGGCGGCGAGGUCUCCGAGCGGUGUCUGGAGCUCAGCGACGACACCUGCUACCUGGACUCCAAGAGUGAGCAGUGGGUCAAGGAGACGCCACUGCCAGCCCGGCGGAGCCACCACUGCGUUGCCGUGCUGGGCGGCUUCAUCUUCAUCGCAGGUGGCAGCUUCUCCCGGGACAACGGAGGGGACGCGGCCUCCAGCCUGCUUUAUAGGUAUGACCCCCGCUGUAAACAGUGGAUCAAGGUGGCCUCCAUGAACCAGCGCCGUGUGGAUUUCUACCUGGCCUCCAUCCAAGACAUGCUGGUGGCCGUUGGUGGCCGGAAUGAAAACGGAGCGCUGUCUUCCGUAGAGACCUACAGUCCCAAGACCGACUCCUGGUCCUACGUGGCCGGCCUGCCCAGGUUCACCUAUGGCCACGCGGGCACCAUCUACAAAGACUUCGUGUACAUCUCGGGCGGCCACGACUACCAGAUCGGUCCGUACCGCAAGAACCUGCUGUGCUAUGACCACCGCACAGACGUGUGGGAGGAGCGGCGGCCCAUGACCACGGCGCGCGGCUGGCACAGCAUGUGCAGCCUGGGCGACAGCAUCUUCUCCAUCGGCGGCAGUGACGACGACGUGGAGUCCAUGGAGCGCUUCGACGUGCUGGGCGUGGAGGCCUACAGCCCUCAGUGCGACCAGUGGACGCGCGUGGCGCCGCUGCUGCAUGCCAACAGUGAGUCGGGUGUGGCUGUGUGGCAGGGCCGCAUCUACAUCCUCGGCGGCUACAGCUGGGAGAACACGGCCUUCGCCAAGACUGUGCAGGUGUACGACCGCGAGGCCGACAAGUGGAGCCGCGGGCCCGACCUGCCCAAGGCCAUCGCCGGCGUGUCCGCCUGCGUGUGCGCCCUCAGGCCGCGGCCGGAGAACAAGAAGAAGAAGGGCAAGGGCAGGCGGCUGCAGGACUGCGGCCAGUGACCAAGCCGCCUCCCGCACCCCGGUGUCUCCCGAGCGCCCCGGACGCGCCCACGCUCCUCACCAGCUUCUGUUUACUUCUGUGACUUUUGCUAUUUCUACGCCGUCACAGCCAUCAGUCACAUGGACUUCAUGCCGUGUCCUGCUUGAGCAGUCACACCGGGACCCAGGCAGUCAACACCCUGGGCGGCCGCCUUCCACCAUGGCCGGCGCACGCGGGCUCCUGGCCACCCCGGGAGUAGCUUGCACCUGAGGGAUGCAGUAGUUUCUGUAGUGAGACUCGGGGCCUUGGGGGAACACGUCAUUUUGGCUUUGAAAAGUAAGAUUCCUGGGCUCCACCUCAGAAGUGUCAGGUAUGAAACCACCGGGGAAAGAGCCAGGCAUGGCAGCACACACCUGUAAUCCCGGCACCCAGGAGGCUGAGGCAGGAGGAUCGCCACACAUCCAAGUUCAACCUGAACUACAUAGUGAGUUCACAACCAGCCUGAACUCAUAGGGAGACCCUGUCUCAAAAAACCCAGAAUAAGUAAAACUUCAGGGAAGCCCCAAGACUGUAUUUCCGCCGGUUUCUUGAGCUCGGAGCACUGGCCAUGUUUGGCAGCCGCUGACAAGGCCGUAAGCAAGGACCCAGACCUGGUGGACAGUCGGAGGUAGGACAGGGACUUCCCUCAGGGCGCUGCUGCUGCUGCUUCUGAACGGUCCUUUUUUCGCGGCUAGGAAUCUUUCUGAAUUCUAAAAGGUAACAGGCAACCAAGAAGGGAAGAGGGAAGUGACACGAAGCUCUUUACAAACCUGAGACUGUAACGUGUGCUUUCACUUGUCCCUGUCCCUAACCUACUCACACCACGGUACGGAGCUCCCCACUCGACAUUUACUUCUCAGGAAAGGAAGAGUCCAUGUGGCGCCCCCUGGCUGCAGCCCCCAGAGCCGUGAGGGCUCUGCCCACUGGAACAGGCUGGGCCCACAGGGUGGCCGGCGUCCUGGGCCUGUACCUGCUGCUGAGCGCUGCUGAGCACAGGGCAGACUCCUCAGCCAGCCUUCCUGUGUCGCUCCUUCCCUAAGCGACAGGGUCAGGGCCGAUGGCCGCCGGGCUCCUCCAGGUGACGGCGUCCCUCCCUCUGCGUCGGCUCUGUUGCCGAUGGCAGCUGCACCGCCUACAGAGCGGGCCUCCCCGCCCACCGCCCCUCCCAAGCACCCUGGACCGCGGUGAGAGGCCCCCGACUGACUGGGCACAACACGAGAGCCACGGGGAGGGGGAUCGGCUCAGUCCUGAGCGGUGACCUGUACCUCAGCGGAGUCUGCUCACAGGAGAAGAUUCGUGGUGAGCGCUGACACCCGAAGAAGCAAAGCCGCUUCCUCUUCCCCUGCUCCUCUGUCCCCCGCGGGGCUCGCUCGGUUUGGAUCCUCUGCUGCUCCCUAAGCCAGAAGGGCAGCUGGGGAGACGAAAGCCUCCGUGCACACUGUCGCUGGUGGGGUGAGCAGCGUGUGGGAACCUGUGUCCCCUGCGUGUGGCGGCCCCCAGAGGCUUAGGGACCGCAGUGAGGCUCCGUGCGGCCGGGUGUGUCAAAGGCUCUGAGAAGGCCUGUGUUCACUGCUGGCUGCCUCGCCAGCCUUUCCAAAGGCCCAGCCUGCGCAGUUCAUUUCAUCCCUAGUCCCAGACCUCCGUGAAAGGUGUUCCGGAGAGAUUGGACGGCCUGGAGCCCAGCAGAGGGUGCUGUGGUCAGGCCGUUCACACAGGGUGGCCCUGGCCCCAGGAGAGGCGAGCCCCGAGCUUCAGCCUCACCCGUCCUCCCCAUUUUGCUGCUGGGCCUUGCCUGGGGCAGCUCUGGCCGGCUCCUGAGUCUCUGGUGCCUUGUGGGAGAGGCAGCUUGCGGGCCAUGAAUGUGGCUGGUGAUGGGUCAGCUCUGCUACUGGGGCUUCGGAACUGGAAACCCACUGCACUGUGCCAUCUGGCCGGGGCGAAAUGGUGGGCAGAGUGGUGGCAGGGCAGAAGUGGAUGGCCUUUGGGAAGAGGUUGGGCCACGGUGGCAGCCAACUGGUCUGAAUGAAAACAGCAUGCCACUUUUGGGUUAGACUGUCCAUAGUCCCAGCACUCGGGAGGCUGAGGCAGGAGGGUCGCUUAGGGUUGGAGGCCAGCAUGGGCUGUGUAGUGAGUUCAAGGCUGGCCUGAACUACACAGCGAGACCCUGUCUCCACAACAACAACAAAAUAACCUGUCCGUGCUCUGGGGUUCUUGGAGCUUUGAGAACACCUGGAUUGUUUUUCCUCAAUCUUUCAAAAUCAGGAUGGCUUUUAUUCAGGUUUUGCUUGCUCUUUUUUUUUAAGAAUUAAGAGUACCAGCUUUGUAUUAGUUGUGGGCUUGGUCCUCACCUAAGUUAGGACCCUGUUUGCAUAAGACAUAAACGUGAUAAUAAAAGGGACAGGGAAUGGAAAGCUGAAGGGGGCUGGUUGUCCGCAGGGAUCUGCUGCUUCAAAUAUGUAUCAAGGGCCAGAUGCGGUAGCACGCACCUGUAGUCCCAGCUACGCAGGAGGCUGAGGCAGAACGAUCUGCCUGAGCCCAGGGGUUUGGGGUCAGCCUGGGCAACAUAGCAGGAACCACCCCCCAGAAGCGCUCACCUGGCAGUUCCAACAUUCUGCCCUUUUAUCAAGGCUCCCACCCGGGCCUUUGAGGCCUGGAUUUAGGCAGAGCCACAGGUGUGUAUCUGUAUUCCAAAUGCUCGGCCUCCCCUGAACCAUUCAGUGACCUCUGGGGAAUUUGCAGGGACUCCAGAAGCUAACUCUGAGUUUGGGGUGUGAAGGCAAACGCCAGGGGGCAGUGGUAUCCAUCCUCUGAGGCCCAGGGCUCUGCCCUGAGUUUGAGGGAAUUAACUGGUGGUUCCAGGUGCCCGGCCCUAAGCCAAGAGGGACCUUUCAGCGACAUGCAGCGGUGGCCAGGCCUCCUGGUGUCUCCUGCAUGCUGCUGCCCACAGGACAGUGGCUGGCAUCGGGCCCCAGCUGAAUCUUCUGCAGCAUACGUGGGGUAGCUGCAUAGAUGCCUAGACACCUGACCCUGCAUCUGCCACACCUGGCUGUUUUUAGAGUUUUUUGAAAUGUUUUGAUACUUUUUGAUACAAUUUGCUAAUCACCAUUUUGUAGUCGCCUGCCAGGGGCCCCACCUCACCCCCUACCUGCCUGCACCCCAGGCUUGUCUGGAUGAGCAGUGUCCUGUGGCCUUGGCUUCAGGCAUCUCUGUGACUGAGUCUGUCCUAGGCCUGGUGGCCCAGAGGACAUGGGACCCCCCCUUCUGAGGGCCCACCCGUGGGCUGCCCACGUGUCCCUGUCUCUUGUGGGCCAUUUCUCCAUACGUGUAUGGCCGGGCCUGGUCUGUUCCCGUCUGCCUUUCUUUUAAAUAAAAGCGGCGAACCCCCUGGCACGUGAGAGACACACUGUCCUCAGCAGGAGGGGUUGUUCAUUUCUUUUUGUUUACAUGGAUAAAAUCAAUGGUUUCUGAGGGGGCUGCGGAUGUCAAGAAAUUCUCCUUCGCUUGCCUUAAAGAGUUGAAUGAGGGGCUGGAGAUUUAGCUCAGUAGUUCUGGCACCUGUCUCCCAAGCGCAAGGUUCCGAGUUUGAUCCCUGGUACCAAAAAAACCAAACUUGAAUGAAUGUACCCAUCUCUGGUGUAGGGACAGACAGAAUGUGCUCUUCCCUGUCAGCUCUCUAAGAAGAGCAACGCCAGCUUGUGGAAGUUACUGGAAAGCCGUGGUCCAGGUUUCUUCGUAAGCAAAGGAGAGUUAGAUCCUUUGGUUUAAUCAUCAGCCACCGUCCCUUUCUAAAUUAGUUAAUUUGAUGAUUAAGUAACUCAUUGUUUAUGUUCUGGUUACUAAUGUCACUGAAAUCUGGAAUUUCCAUUUAAUUUGUUGCUUUGUUGUAUUUGUAAUUUUAUGACAUUCAGAGUUUUUUUGUUUUCCUCUUUUAAUUAAUUUUCUGCACAAUGCUUUUUUUUUCUUUGAUUUUAAUUACAUACAGAAUAUUCAAUUCUUGCAAACACAUUAAAAUAAUGUGCCUGCUAGGG